AUGAAUUUUCUAUCCAAGACCAUAGGCAGCUUUGCAGGCUCCUCAAUACCUUAUACGUUCAAGGAAAAGCUAAUCGACCCCACCAAUCCCAUCUCGGGUGUGUCGCAAGUAGACCGCAAUUCGAUAUGGACAGUAUACGACGGAACCAACCCCAAGGACUCUUUGCAAGUGACAAUCUUUGAAUUCAGCUUGAAAGAAGCUAGGAAUAAGCGCUUUGAGCUCUUGGCGAGAAAUGCGUUCAGGAAGUUGAAAAUGAUAAAGUUCCCCGGGAUCAUCUCCAUCAUUGAUUUCAUCGAGAAUGAUGUCUCCUUGUAUAUAAUCACCGAGCCCGUGGUUCCGUUGGCGUUGUUUCUCCAGACUCACAGCUUGCAUCAGGAGGCAAUUGUUGCGGGGAUCAAUGACCUCAGCCGGACUUUGACGUUUUUGAACGAAGACUGCAAUUCCUUGUAUGGUGGAUUCGACUAUUUCCGCUCGGUGUUUGUCAAUUGUCAAGGCGAUUGGAAAUUGAUGGGGUUUGAACUAGUCACUAAUUUGCAAUCUGACCCGGACCAACCUAUAUAUAGAUUGAGUCGAAGCAUGCCCGAGCCGCCGGAUGUGGACCCGGAGUCCAUACGACGCGAUCCUAAGAAAUACGACUCGUACAAGUUGGGUCAAUUCAUCUAUGCUGUGUUUAACGGGGGCUCCGUGGAUACAAAUUUCAAACUCCCCGUAAAGUUAGUUGGACCGUCGAAGCGGCUAAUGGCCAAGCGGAUCAAUAUCUCCCAGUUUGGAAAGGAAGUGGAGCCGUAUUUUCAAGCAAAUACAAUUGUCAAGUUUGCCCUGCAGUUGAGCGAGUUGAAGUUCAUGAAGAGCGAUGCUAAGCUCGAUUUUUUCAAAACCCAAUUGCCGCAGUAUACUCAAGAUGAUAUAUACCCACCUGGGUUUUUGGACCACAAGUUGCUACCGGAAUUGGUGAGCCAGUACCAACAGGUGAGCAAGUCGAGUGCAUCUACCGAAUUGGAGUCUGUAGCUAAACAGGAGACCUUGGCUACGCUUUUGGACCUUAUUUUGAAGUUUGGCACCAAAUUAUCCAGCGAGGAAGAGUUUAGAAGAGUCGUCAAGCCAAUCAUUUUCAGUGCUUUUGCUGCCAAUGACAGAGCUAUGCGUUUGGUGCUCUUGACGCAUUUGCCCAAUUACCAAAAUUUCUUAACCGAUUCAGACAUUCAAGGCAAGAUUUUUACGCCGUUGCUAGGGGGAUUCCAAGAUACAAACUUUAUGAUUCGAGAAACAACGCUCAAGUCGAUCACCAUUGUGAUUGACAAGAUUUCCGUCAAGCAAGUGAACCAGGAACUAUUGCGAGUAUUGGCUAAAUCGCAAAUGGACCCCAAACCCUCCAUUCGGGUAAAUACCAUCAUUUUGAUCAUUAAGAUUUCGUCCAAGAUCUACGCAAACUCCAAAAAUAACGUCUUGAUCACCGCGUUGGCGAAAUCGUUACGCGACUCGUUUGUCCCGUGCAAGAUGACCGCUUUGCAUGGGUUUGAGACUCUCAUUGACGAGUUUUCGCUCGAGGAAAUAUGUUCAAAGGUCUUGGGCCACUUGGCCAUCUCGUUGAUGGACAGGAAAUCGUCAAAAGUGAGAGCCAAUGCCAAGCGUGUGUUUGAUUUGUACUUGAGCUCAGUGGAGACUCAUGCUAAGGAAUUGCCUGUUGCCGAUGGCGAUGAGGAUGAAGACGAGGAGGAGCGUGAAUUCUUCAAGAGACACGCUCCUCAACAAGCCGAGGCCAAAGUCGACACUCCAACGGCGGGCAACAACAACAACAACAACAACAACAACAUUGGUGGGUUUGGUUGGGGAAUGGUGAGCAAGUUGACUUCGCUAGGUGGUGCUGUUGGUGGUGGUGCUGCUGCUGGACAGCUCAAUAGCGAUUUCAAUCGAUCAACACCGGAUCUCACCAGAGUCGGCACACCGACUCAAGAAGAGCUUCCGAUUACUACGUCGGCUGACACUACCAUGGCGUCAAACUGGAACGAGUUUAAUGAUGCGUGGGAUACGGGAGCCGGCGACGAAGUGGAAGUUGAACUCGCUCAGUUGCCUAAACCGAUAGUUGAAAAUACCAAGAAAAUCAAUUUGGGCCGCUCCACUGAUACAUCGACUGGUCGAACUGCUGUAGCACCACCACUACGAAAGCCGUUGAAAACGACUUCCUUGAGGUUGGGACAAGCUGCAAAGACAGAGAAACCGAAGCUGAAUUUGAAGUUGAAUUUGAACUUGAAAGUAGAGGAGGACGAUGAUGAAGAAGACGGGUGGGGGGACGGGUGGUCCUGA